CCUCAAAGUUUGAAAUUUUCAAAUCACUCGAAAUGGCUCCGCCCCGCCGGCGCCGAUUUCCGGCCAGCCGGAAACCCAAAGUGGACCACUCAAGCUACGUGCAAAGUCUGUUUCGGGAGUUUCUCCACCGGAACCAGGUCGCCAACAAGCCACCUGCACCGAUUCCCGCCGCACCCAUGGUGCAAGAGGCAAAUCGCCGUCCGAACGUGUACCGGGAAUCGAUCGCACGGAUGCUCCAGCAGCAGCAGCAGGUUACAUCACCUUCGAGUUCCUUAAACAGGCAGGAACAGCAAAAUAUCGUGAAGCAGUUCUUCCAGAUGGGAAGCACGAAUCAAGUGGAGCGAGUUCCGCAGCGAAUGGGACCGAUGGAACCGGUCUGUGUCCGGUUUAAGCGUAAGGAGGGUUCGGACCAGUUUUUCAAGCGUGAGCUCAGUCCCGGAGCUCCCACCGGAGGUCUGAUGAAAUGGUUGGCGGACCGCAAGCGGGAGCGGCUCGAGCGGGAAGAACGAGAGCGGAACCGUGCCAAGAAGGUGGAAGAGUAUAUUAACCUUCCGGACAACUUUUUCUCCGGAAGGCCCGCCUUUAAGCUGCCCUUUGAGUUGGAGCAGGAACCAGCGAGCGCAACGAGUGCGAACAAAACGCUGGCCAGCAUCGCGUCGGCGUUUGUUCCGCCGGUCGCUUCCACUCCGUUGGACCGGAUUCUUCCUCCGGUCUAUCCGUCGUUUAUUUCCGACCCGAGGGGAGUUCCCGCUCCGGUGGAGGUCCCCGUGCCGAAGCCGAAGCGUAUCGCCAAGGAAGAAGGCCUCGAGUUUAUUAAGAAAUUCAACGCCGCGUUGGAGUCGUUCAGCGCGAUUCUGGCCGCAACAGACGGCGGUGUCAAUCGGGUGGACCGGAAUCUCGCAGAAUUGCGACGGCUGGUAACCAAGCGACCGGUCCUGCCGAAGCCAUUUCUGAUCACGCCCAAGACGGAAGGUUCGUCGAUGUUUGUGAAGGUGCAGCUCGGUUGUGACCGGAAGCACGUGACGCCUCCUUCGGCAUAUUCCGUCAGCGACAGCACCUCCGCCGGCGACAGCACCUUCGAGCGGGAGGUGCUGCAGUUGAUUGGCACGACGCCUGUCAAGAGGAAGCGAAUCGUUGAGGUGGAUCCGCUGCUGACCUACUCGCCCCCAAUCCCGAAGCUAGAUCCCGACCUAGCACUACCAUCGUCACCGCCACCCAAAAGUCGACCCAACGCCACCUUGAACACGUCGUUUCUGUCCAGCAACGGUUCGUUGAUUUCACCCGGCGAAACGGGAUCGCAGCCCAACGACGGCAACAGUUCGAUGGUCAUCCGGGUGCAACUCGGCAGUGACCGCCGACGACCUGUUCAAUCAGCUGCUCCGUCCAUUUCGUACCUUAACAGUACCUUCGCGCGGGAAGUUCUCCAGCUGACCGUGCCAAAGGAGAUGUGCCAAUCGAAGCUGGAUCCUUUGCUGUUGUACUCGCCACCGUAUCCAAGUCUAGAACCCAAAAAGAAGCAAAUUUGUCGCCGGGAGCCAGAUUUUUCCUUUCUGGACGGCAGUUCCCACCGGCUGAGCCGACCCGAGUCGAUCCCAAGCCAAGGUUCGGUGCAGAAACAGCCCGACUUUGCGUUCGACGACGAUCAGGAGAACUUUGGACCGAUAUUCCCCAGCCAGGACGGUCCGCGUCCGGGGGCCAACACGACCAUCGAUUUCAACGCGUCCCUUAGCCUAGAGGACCCGUUCGAGCUUCGCUUCUCCCAGGGAUCGAUUUGGGAGAGGUUUUAA